GCUCGCCUUGGAUUUCUGUUGCGCAUUUGGAGCGCUGCGAAGUUGGCGCUUGGAUCUCGUCGAGGCGAGAGUUUCGUGCGCGCGAUCGCAGCAAUUUCAGAAUUUCUCCACCGCGGAUCGGAAAACCCAACCCUCAAUAUCGUAUAUCGAUCGAGCCUCGAUCUUGAACAUAGGACUCUUAAAGCCCAGUUCUAUGCCGAUCUGGAGGAAUAUCCAAGCAACACGGAAAUCUAGAAUAAGUUUAGAAGUAGCGUCGAAGAUUUACGUUUUGGGAUACCUUCUCCUACCAAAAAAAAGUUACCAAAAAUACCCAAAUCUCCCUUCAAAUAGUUUGGAAACCGAUAAGAAAGAGAUCCCUGAACCGAACGAACCUUAAGUAGAACCUCGAGAUCGUGACUUUCUCGAUAAAGUGCCAAAGGACUGGGGAAUGUGAUGUGGAUUUGAGUUGCUGCCAAAAAACAUGCUGAAAAGUGCCCGCAAUUCCCGCAGCAAGAUGAUGAUGAUGCAGAUGAUGGAUGGCCAUGUAACCGCAGCGAUCCGAGCAACAUGGAUGUAUACCAAAUAGAGCUGGAGGCACAGGCACAAAUCCGCUCCAAUCUUUUGGUUGAAACUUGCGUGAAGCAGCCGCAGCAGCCGCCGCAGCAGCAGCAGCAGCUCCAUUCGCUGAAGGAGAAGGAGGAUAGCCACAUCAAGGACUUUGACGGCAACGAGCAAGACCAGGACGAGGAAGAGGCGGAGGACGAGGAGGAGGAAGAGGAGGAGGACGACGACAACGAAGAAGAGGACGAGGACGGUGACGGGGACGGUGACGAAGAAAGGCCACUUCUCCCAGAAGUCAAUUUCGAUGCGAAUUCCGAUUUCAAUUUGCAUUUCUUUGACACGCCCGAGGACUCCUCGACCCAAGGAGCCUACAGCGAGGCCGCCAGCCUAGACUCCGACCAGGACCAGGUUGAGGAUCCGCAGCAGCAUCAGCGGGAGCUGCAGGAUUGCCUAAGUGCCAUCGAGGCGGCGGAUGCGGAUCCCCUGCAGCUGCUGCAGUGCGACGACUACUACGGCCCAUCCGCUGCAAGCGAGGGCGUGGCAACGCCAGUCAUAGCCACAUCUGCCACUGCACCGCAUCCCCAUCCACACCACUCGCAUAAUCAGAACCCACAUCAGAAUCCGCACCAGAACGCAAACGCAAACGCCAAUCCGAACACACACCACCACCAGCAGCAGCUGAACUGCACCUUGAGCAAUGGUAGAGGUGCUCUGUACACCAUCAGCAGUGUGCAUCAGUUCGGUCCGGCCAGCAGCAGCGGCCACCACCAUAGCAGCUCCCCCUCCUCGAGUGGGGCCCACGCCUCGCCGGACAGCGGCUGCUCUUCGGCCAGCUCCACCUCCUCCCACGCCGUCUCCUCAUCAUCGUCAUCAAGCUGCUCGGAGCAUUUUGGUCGCUCAUCCGCUGUCGUUGCCGCAGCAGCAGCAGCAGCAGCAGCAGCAGUCGCAUCUACAUCCACGUCGCUUGUCAAUGUCAGCGGGAACGCUCAUACAUCCUCGUCAGCGGUCAGCUCCAGCUCUAGCUCCAGCAACAACUGCAGUCCCAGCUCAAUCUCCAUCGCACUCUCAGCCGCCGGUUCCAGCUGCAGCUCCAGCGCAGCAACAUCUUCAUCUGUUGCGCAUCUAAACAAAGGCCAUUCAGAGCCACAGCAGCAGCAGCAGCAGCAGCCACAGACAACUCAGCAACAGCAGCAACACUCACAUCAGCAGCAACAGUUGCAACAGCACCCCCAGCAGCAGCAGCAGCAGCAACAGCAACAGCAAUCUUUUGGCUUAGCCGACUCCAGCAACAACAACAACAACAACAACAGCAGCAACAACAGUGGCAACAGCAGCAGCAACAGCAACAACGGUGUCUCCUCGAAGUCGUUUGUGCCCUGUAAAGUGUGCGGUGACAAGGCCUCCGGCUACCACUAUGGUGUAACCUCCUGCGAGGGUUGCAAGGGCUUCUUUCGUCGCAGCAUCCAGAAGCAGAUCGAGUACCGUUGCCUAAGGGACGGCAAGUGUCUGGUCAUCCGCCUGAACCGCAAUCGCUGCCAAUAUUGCCGCUUCAAGAAAUGCCUCUCCGCUGGCAUGAGCCGCGACUCUGUACGUUAUGGUCGCGUUCCCAAGCGAUCCCGUGAGUUGAACGGAGCAGGGUCCACUGCAGGAGGAUCUGGAGCCACUUCCACAUCUGGAUGCCCUUUGUUGGCCGGUGCGCCGCUAAAUGUGGAUGAUUCCACGGUGAACAAUUUGCAUACAAAUCAACUGCAGCCACAGCAACAGCAACAACAACAACAGCAACAGCAACAAAUAUUACAGCAGCAGCCGCCGCACGUGAACAGCGUCCGUGUGAAGACACCGAGUACACCACAAACGCCACAAAUGUGUUCGAUUGCCUCCUCGCCAUCGGAGCUGGGCGGUUGCAAUAGUGCCACCAACAACAAUAACAACAACAACGGCAGCAAUGCCAGCGGGGGUAGCGGCGUGGGCGUGGGCGUUGUAGUUGUCGGCGGACACCAGCAAAUGGGCGUGGGUGCCCAUACCGAUGUCGGUGGCCAUCAGGUGACCAUGUGCCACGACGGCAUGGCCGGCACGGCCAACGAGCUGACAGUCUACGAUGUGAUCGUUUGCGUCUCGCAGGCGCAUCGCCUCAACUGCUCCUACACGGAGGAGCUGACGCGGGAACUGAUGCGACGUCCAGUGACGGUGCCACAGAAUGGCAUUGCCACCACAGUAGCGGAGAGCCUGGAGUUUCAGAAGAUCUGGCUCUGGCAGCAAUUCUCGGCCAGGGUGACGCCCGGCGUCCAGCGGAUUGUGGAGUUUGCGAAACGCGUACCUGGCUUCUGUGAUUUCACGCAAGAUGACCAGCUGAUCCUGAUUAAACUGGGCUUCUUCGAGGUUUGGCUCACCCAUGUGGCGCGUCUCAUCAACGACACGACUCUGACGCUAGACGAUGGCGCCUAUCUGACACGCCAGCAGCUGGAGAUACUCUAUGAUACCGACUUUGUCAAUGCCUUGCUGAACUUUGCCAAUACGCUGAAUGCCUACGGGCUGAGCGACACCGAGAUCGGCCUAUUUUCGGCCAUGGUGCUGCUGGCCUCGGACCGGACCGGACUCAGUGAGCCGAAGGUGAUUGGACGGGCUCGGGAGCUGGUGGCCGAGGCGCUACGGGUUCAGAUCCUGCGCUCCCGGGCCGGAUCCCCACAGGCGCUACAGCUGAUGCCCGCGCUGGAGGCUAAGAUCCCCGAACUGCGCUCGCUGGGGGCCAAGCACUUCUCCCAUCUAGACUGGCUACGGAUGAACUGGACCAAGCUGCGACUGCCCCCGCUCUUCGCGGAGAUCUUCGAUAUACCCAAGGCCGACGACGAGCUGUAGGGGGGGAUACACAGAAGGAAGAUUCCCGAGACGCCCAGGGCCGUGCAAAGCAACCGCAACAAAUAUUCUACAACUUGUAGGCUUAAGAACUUAGCGUUAACAGAGAAGAGACGAUGCGAAGAGGUAGUGGAGACAGCAGCAUCCAAGAUUAACUGGAAUUACGAGUAGUUACCUAAGCUUAAAGGCAUAUUAGCAAUGUUAAAGGCGUUCGCAGCGAUUGAGACGAUCGAAGAUGGACUAGAACUCCCCGCUGAACAUAUCCAUGCGCAAACAUAAAUUAUUUAUUUCAUUGUUAAACCAUCAUCAAGCUCCACUCUGAACAUCACAUCAUCCAAUUCCCAUCCUGUCCUGUCCCAUCCGGCGGCACCCUCCUCGAGCAAUCCCAGACCCCGCUCUAAGCACUGACUGGAGGAUCCAACAAUAACCAUUGGCCAGCUAACCCAAGGCAUCUAUCUAUACAGAACUCGACUGAAGAGCGAGCGUUAAAGUUCGAUAAAAAGUUUUUUUUUUAAUAAUCUUAAAUUACUAUUAAUCGGAUACGUUAUCGGAUAUGAUAUACCAUAUACGUAUGUAUAUGUACACCUAGAGAUACGGACUUAGAAUAGUCUGAAAGCAUAAAGACCCAUUUUUUUUUUUUUUUGCUUGAAUAAGUUGAGGAUUGAAUCGAUAUAAUAUACGAGUACAUAUAUAACUUGAUAUCGCAAUCUGAUAAACCAAUGCCUAUGAUGACCGAUGCGUUUAUUGUAUCUGCGUGUAAAUAAAUCUAAAUUAACUUCUAACAUUAACUUGCUGCGACUUGAUUAUUAUUUAUCCCCCAAAAUGGCCCCAAUCAGUUGCUCGAUGAUCUCUCCAGACGCAAUCUCGGAUAGAUCGUCUCCGGCAACAGCCUCCAUUGAAAGUGUUCAGUUAUUCACUUAAGAUCAAAACUUUUCACAUGCCUACGAUUAAGAUCUUUCGGUUAGAGAACCAAUAGUUUAAGUGCUUUAAGGCUUCGUUUGUAUAACUUGGAACAAUCAAAUUGUUUGAUCAAUUUUUGAAUAGAUUGGUGCUAAAUUUGUGUGUUACGUUUACAUUGAAAUCAAAUAAAAAAAAAAAACAGACAGAAAUGAAACAGAACAAAACAAAACUAAACUAAACUAAACUAAACUAAACUAAAUAUAUACAUACCUACAUAAAAUCUAUCCAUAUAUCAAAUAUAUGUCUGUAAAAAUCAAAAAAUCAAAAAUGGAUCCUUCUCUAAAGCUCUGCAUUGAUUGUUGAAUUUAUAUAGAACAAUAUAGAAUUUUGUACAUUUUAUUAGUGUGACAAAAGAAAAUAUUGAAUGUAGAGGAAGCUACGAUCCAGAGCGAUCGGUCGGGCCCUCGACUGGGCGUAGCUACCAUUUUAUGCUCCAUGUGUACCUUUCGCUUAUUGAAUUAGAGUAUCGAAAAUCAAUAUACUAUAUAUACGUACAUACAUACAUAUAUAUAGACUAUGACUUGCAAUAUCUUAGAAGACACACACACCACUUAAUAUGCUAGCACAGAUUUUAUUAAGUCUCCUCCCGCUUCGACAAUAUUCGACCCCAUGACCUUAGUUAUGAUUUCAAAGCAAACCCAAGUCCAACCUAACAAAUCUCUGUGUUAAUUUUGUAAACCAGUGCGCAUAAUGGAACUUUGUGAAUGUAGCAUUAACAACAACAGAACAACAAGAACAGAUUUUUAAAUUACCUAAUUAACUUAUACAUACAUAAAAUACAUAUAUGAUAUACAUAUACACAUACGAGUAUAUAUAUUAUAAUAAAUAUAUAGAUACAAUUUUUUACCUACUGUA